CACCGCGGUCAGCAGGCAGCGUGGUUUGUGCGCAGGUCAAAGAAAAAGCGAAGAAAAAACAAACAAACAAUAGAGAAAUAUUAGACUUUAUUCCUUGGAGCUGAACGGCCCGUGCAGCCGCCCGCCCCCUCCGCCCCCUCCCCCCCUCGGUCCUUUUAUUUUUAUGUUUUCCAGCGUCACAUCCCCCCUGGCCGGAGGAAUGUAGGGACCGGAGCGCUUUAAAAAUAGCCCCCUCUCCUCGGACAGCGCUGCUCCGGGGCUCCGCAGCACUGUGCCGCGAGACGCAGGAAUGCGAAGAUGGCUGCAGACCUCGGAGAGCUGCUGGUCCCCUACAUGCCCACCGUCAGGGUCCCCAAGACCGGCGACAGGGUCUUCAAGAGCGAGUGCGCCUUCUCCUUCGACUCUCCCGAGUCUGAGGGAGGCCUGUAUGUGUGUAUGAACACAUUCCUGGGCUUUGGACGAGAACACGUGGAGAGACACUAUCGCAAAACAGGACAGAGUGUUUACAUGCACCUCAAGCGACAUGUCAAAGAGAAAGCCACAGGAGCUGCAGGAGGCGCCAUCCCCAGACGGAGGAAUGGAAAAGUGUUUCUAGAUUUAGAGCUAAACCGUGAUUUUAACGGAGAGGACUUUGAAUACGAAGAUGAGGCCAAGCUCGUCAUUUUCCCAGACCACUUUGAGAUCCCCUUACCAAAUAUUGAGGAGUUGCCCGCUCUGGUGACCAUCGCCUGUGACGCAGUGCUCAAUGCUCCAUCAGCUUACAAGAAGCAAGAGCUUGAAUCCUGGGACGAGGAGAUCCAGGUGUCCAGACAUGCCAGGAGCCUCAGGCAGCUGGAUAAUGGGGUCAGAAUCCCACCCAGUGGUUGGAAGUGUCAGAAGUGCGAGAUGAGAGAGAACCUGUGGCUGAACCUGACGGAUGGAGCAGUGCUCUGUGGGAAGUGGUUCUUUGAUGGGAGCGGAGGGAACGGCCACGCGCUGGAGCACUACAGAGAGACCAACCACCCCCUGGCUGUCAAACUGGACACCAUCACCCCAGAUGGAGCAGAUGUCUAUUCAUUUGAAGAGGAAGAAGCUGUGUUGGACCCCCACAUAUCAGAACACUUGUCACACUUUGGAAUAGACAUGCUACAGAUGCAGAAAAGAACAGAGAAUGGGCACCACACAGACAAUAAUGCGCGGCCGCGAGUCAGUGAAUGGGAGGUGAUCCAGGAGUCCGGCAUGAAACUGAAGGCGGUGUACGGUUCUGGUUACACGGGCUUGAAAAACCUGGGCAACAGCUGCUACCUCGGCACAGUAAUGCAGGUCCUCUUCAGCAUCCCAGACUUCCAGAGGAUGUAUGUGGGUAAUCUUCAGAGGAUAUAUGACUAUUCCCCCCUUGACCCCACCCAGGACUUUGCAACACAAAUGGCUAAACUGGGACACGGACUGCUCUCAGGCCAGUACUCCAAACCACCCAUGAAAUCUGAGCUCAUUGAACAGGUGAUGAAAGAAGAAUACAAGGUAUUAAACUGGCACCAGCAAAAGGGCGUUUCCCCGAGGAUGUUGAAGGCCCUGGUCAGCAGGGGACACCCAGAGUUUUCCUCAAACAGACAACAAGACGCCCACGAGCUCCUCCUGCACAUCAUCAACCUAGUGGAGAGGAACAGUGCAGGCUCAGAGAAUCCAAGCGACGUCUUCCGCUUCCUGGUGGAGGAGAGAGUUCAGUGCUGCCAGACGCGUCGGGUGCGAUACAGUCAGCGAGUGGACUACUGCAUCCAGCUGCCGGCUCCCAUCGAGGCCGCCACCAAUCGAGAGGAGCUGCUGGCAUACGAGGCCAAGCUGAAGGAUGCUGAGGAGAACAUGAGGGCUCCACCUGAGCCAGUGAGAGCACGGAUCCCCUUCACCGCCUGCCUGCAGGCCUUCACCGAACCAGAUAACGUCCCGGACUUCUGGAGCUCAGCGCUACAGGCCAAGUCGGCCGGGGUCAAAACUUCCCGCUUUGCCUCCUUCCCAGAGUAUCUGAUUGUUCAGAUCAAGAAAUUCACAUUUGGAGUUGACUGGGUGCCGAAGAAACUAGACAUGGCCAUAGAUGUUCCGGACUUUCUGGAUCUGAACCGGCUGCGGGCCACUGGGUUGCAGGCGGGUGAAGAGGAGCUGCCGGACCUCAUGCCCCCAAUCGUGCUGUCGGAAGACACCAGAGAUAACUCCAUGGGCUCCGCUGACUCUCCAGAAAUAGACGAGGUGGCAGUAAUGCAGCUGGCAGAGAUGGGAUUCCCGCUGGAGGCCUGUAGGAAGGCCGUCUACUACACAGGCAACAUGGGGCCUGAGAUGGCCUUCAACUGGAUCAUAGCCCACAUGGAGGAGCCUGACUUUGCAGAACCUCUCUCUCUGCCCUCCAUGAUGGAUCCUGGUCCCUCCACCGCUGACAGCCCCAUGGGUGCCGCCACCCCUCUGGCCAACUCGCCCCCCGAGGAGAGCAUUGCCAUCCUCACCUCUAUGGGCUUCCCCCGCGCUCACACCAUCCAGGCACUCAGAGCCACGAACAAUAACCUCGAACGAGCACUCGACUGGAUCUUCGUCCAUCCGGAGGAGGAGGAGAGCGACGCUCUUUCGGACAUGGCUGACACGGAGCCCAACGACAACGCUUUCUCCAACGCCAACUCACACAGUGACUCCACGCUGUCUCCAGACAGAGAGACAUCGGGCCCGCGGGUCAAAGACGGACCGGGACGUUAUGAGCUAUUUGCUUUCAUCAGCCACAUGGGAGCAUCCACAAUGUCUGGACAUUACAUCUGUCACAUUAAAAAGGAGGGAAGGUGGGUGAUCUACAACGACCACAAAGUGUGUUUGUCAGAAAGGCCUCCAAAAGACUUGGGCUACAUCUACUUUUACCAUCGACUGUCUAGCAGUUAAAGUGAAGUUACCAGCCUCCUCCACCCUGCAAUCUUCGAAGAACGGCGGUCUUCCUCUCAGAAGACUGGCAGACAACUGUGUUAACAGCCGCAGUGGAAAUGAUGGAAACAACCUCUCAGACCAGCUGCUCGCCUUACCGUGAUGUCAUUCAGGAGCGACCAGGAACACUGGUCAGACAAGGAAAGCAAUGUGCUUCAUGUGCAUUUGUGUUACGUUAUGCUUUAAAUGUACAUUUCAGUGUUUAUGUUAAAAAAGGAAAAGAAAAAAGAAGACAUUUUCUCGACAGUGUAGAGGGAUGAGUGCAAUGUUUCACUUCUGGACUGUUGUCGACACACAAUAAUGCCACAUAUCAAAUCCCGCUGUUUCUCCUCUUUGCCUUUCAGCUACUGUGCCAAUAUUUUCAAAGUGGUACAUUUUAUAAAUGUAUUUUGAAAUGGCGGUGCUUCACUGCCAGCCAUGAAAUGUUCUGAAACUGCGACAAAAAAAAACAACAUACAACUGAAAAAGAAGUUACUGUUGCUGUUUGUAGAUGUGUAAUUCCCUUUGAAAGACAAAAAAAUAUGUAUUUCAUCCCUGGGAAAAGAGAAGGGAUAUCAUGAACUUAAAUUUUUUUUGGUUGGGUACUGACUAGCAUUCUGUAUGCAUGUUUCAGAAUGAAGGGGAGCCCCAAGAUGGCCAUGAUAAGGUGUGAAACGUGACAGUGUCACUUGCUGAAUAACGGCACAGACCUUCGUUUACUCGGAGGUGACGUGCACGUUUGUCACUUUUAAUGAGGAACGUUCUGCACCAUGGUACCCUGGCUGAGUUAUCAAGAUAGAAGUAUAAAAUCCUUCCCUGAGCACUUUUUUUUUACUUAAACAAGUUCAUAUUUUGCACCUGAUGCCGCAGAAGUGGACUUUUUAUUCACCAGAUACAAGCAAUUGAAUGUGAUAUUAAAUGUCUACUUCAGUACUGCUGAACCGGAUAAUCCUCGCAAGUUCUCAUAGAAGUAUAGAGGUCUUCUAUCCUACAGAAAACCUAUUUUACUCAUAUUUGGCCAAAUUGAAAAAAACUUUUGCAUAGUAGACAAAAAAAAAAAGAAUGUUUUUCUUUGACCCGUUGACACUUUUUACAGGUCGGUUAAUUCAUUUGUGCAUCUGAAUUUUUUUUCCCCCCCAUGUCUAAAGCAAUAUGCACUACAACCAAAUCUUCUCUUGAACCUACUGUAUGAUAAGAGCUGUACAGUGACUCGUGUCUCCUCUGAAAUGUGCAUUGUCGUGCCGACAGACGCGGUGCAGCGCCGAAGGUGUCAUGGUGCUCACUGCAACCAAAACCUCUUCACCUUCAAUACUCAGAAAACGCAGUGAACGUAGAAACGUCCCUUUGCAGUUUUGUCACCGUUAACUCCUCUGACUGACAACAUCUCAACAUUUGUAGUCAUAUCCUCUUUAUUCACAUGGAAUAGGACUUGAAAUCUAGCUUCGUUUGUUGCGGUUUAACAUUACAAACAACUGGUCAGUGCCAAGGACACGUAAUCCCAGUUUCAUGACCUUGACAUGCGGUGAAACUGUUUUCCACUCAGCUUUGCGCUUCAGGUUUUAAAGGGGAGUUCUGCUGAAAAGUGACUUUAUCCUGCCUUUUUGAAAUUUAAUACUGAAGCUGCAUUUUGGACUCGUCAGUUAUGAUGUUACGGGGAAGGACAGUCCUCCUGACAGUGUCUUUCCUUGUGGGAUGAUACAGAGAAAAAUACAGACAGUGCUCCCCUUUCACAACACCGUGUCUAGACAUCUCUGAGCAGAGAUUCAGUUUUAUUAAAUCCUGACCUCUCAUCCUCAUCAGAUACUACUUGAUAAACUGCUGUAGUCUUCAUUGUCUAUGCAGCAGGAAAUUCUAAAAGAUCCUUCUAUGCAAGUCUUGUGUUUCUGCCAUUAUUCCUAUUUUUUUUUUAAAAAGUAAAAUUUUAUUUCUCACAAACCAAAUGUGUCCUGUCAAAUGCUAAUCUCAUCCGGACGUGGGUGAUAAAGUUGUCGUCUCGCCUAAUGAUGUUUGGUCAUAAAUGUCUUCAGUGUUCCUGCGCAAUUCAUUUUAUUUCCCUGCACCUUUUGUUCCUCCCUCAUCCUCCUGAUUAUGUUUUAGUCUUUGUUUUUUUGUUUCAGCUUUCCCUCCAGCUCGGUCUCUUCCAUUCAUCCUCUUCAUGUUGUUAAACCUAGCAGUUCAAUUUGUCUAAAAAAAGGCUUUUUCACUGUCAGCAUGUGCACUAGACAUUGACAUUUAGUCAUUUGGAUUGUACCAUUGUACUUUUAUGAGUUUUGUUCUCUUUUCUCAUUUAACUAAAUGUCCAAAAGUUUCUUCACCUAUUUUUACUCUGUUGCCUUUUUUGCAAACAAGUUUGUGCCAGUUCUGUAGUUCUCAUUACAUAGUUUUCCCAAAGGGAUUAUUUUAAGUUGACUUUUGUAAUGUAUGUGUUUAUCCAAAUAUGGCUUCGGUGUUUACUUGCGAUGUUUGGAUGAUUCAAUAAACUACACCUUUGUUGAGA